GCGCUCCCGGCUCUGCCCUCGCGUGUGCGCGCCCUGGGGGCGGGGCCGCGGAGCAGCCCCCGCCGCGCGCUGAUUGGCCGAAGAGUCCCAUUAUGCAAAUCACCCAGCUGGAGGGCGUGGCUUAGGGCAAAGGGGCGGGGUUUCGACACCAGUUUGUCAUUAUGGGGCGGGGUCAUGGGCGUGGCUUCUGCAGAGGGGGCGGGGCCUGCCCGGCUGCACGUGGGCGCUAUAAAUGCCCGGCCCGGGGCCUCCCCGCAGUCGAGGCUCGGCCCCGAGCCCCGCCGGGGCCCCCCUGGUGCCACCACCCCGAGGCUCGAGGGGACAGGAGGGACCGCGGUGCCCUGGAUCGGGGGGGACACGGGACACGGAUCGCUGCCCCCGGGGCUCGGGGGGUGCCGGGACCGGGGGAGCAGCGGCAGCGGGGCCGGGGUCACCCCGGGGGUGGGGGGGACACACAGGGACAGGGACAGGGCCACCCCAGCGGGGCAGUGGCACCGAGGCCCGGUCACCCCGGGGGAGGUCACGGCAGGUCCGGGAGCGCAGGGACACCGGGACCUGCCCGGCUCCGGUCCUGCCCUGCGGCACCGCGGGACCCCCGGUGACCCCCGGUGGCACCGAUCCCGCCUCACCCCCGCCCGGUGACGGUGCCAGCUCAGCACAGCGCGGGGCUGUUCGGGCCGGUGUGACCCCGCCGUGUCCCCCGUACAUGACAGCCCGGUCCCGGUCCCGGUUCGGGCCGGUGUGAUCCCCCCGUGUCCCCCCGCCUCCCGGUUCAUGUCCGGUUCUCGGUUCGGGCCGGUCCCGGUUCAGCCCGGUGUGACCCUCCCAUGUCUCCCCCGGUCCCGGUGUGCCCCCCCC